AGCGCCGCUCUGAGGAAUAAAUAAGGGCAGGGAAACCGAACCGCAAUGGGACAACUCUUAUUUCGGUCCAAUUCGGCCUAAAAUAUGGCUUUUAUCCUUGACGGGGUGUCAUCGGAAGGUUUUUAGAGGGCGUUGGGGAUCUGUUUGGCUAUUGAAAGGGACUGAGAAAGUUUGGAAGGAAACGAACUUCAGGGACGCACAGAGACGGUCAUGGAGGUUUUCGGUUCGGCGCUGGAGAAGAACGUGGCGGAUCUGACCGUGAUGGACGUCUACGACAUCGCCGCGGUGGUGGGCCAGGAGUUCGAGCGCAUUAUCGAUCAGUACGGAUGCGAGGCUCUGUCCCGCCUCAUGCCCAAAGUGGUCCGUGUGCUGGAGAUCCUGGAGGUUCUGGUGAGCCGCAACAGCAUCAGUCCAGAGACCGAGGAGCUGCGCCUGGAGCUGGACCGGCUGCGGCUGGAGCGGAUGGACCGGCUGGAGAAGGAGAGGAAACAUAAAAAGGAGCUGGAGCUGGUGGAGGAUGUGUGGAGAGGAGAAGCCCAGGAUCUGCUGUCCCAGAUCGCACAGCUGCAGGAGGAAAACAAAACACUGCUCAACAACCUGUCCGUCAAAGAGUGUCCGAUGACAGAAGAGGAUAUACAGAAACAGGAAGGCAUGACCGAGAGGGAACGGCAGGUGAUGAAGAAGCUGAAGGAAGUUGUAGAUAAACAGCGAGAUGAGAUCCGUGCCAAAGACCGUGAACUGACGCUCAAAAACGAGGACAUUGAAGCGCUCCAGCAGCAGUUGAACCGGCUGAUGAGGAUCAACCAUGACCUGAGGCAUAAGAUCACGGUGGUGGAGGCCCAGGGUAAAGCGCUGAUCGAGCAGAAGGUGGAGCUGGAGGCGUCUGGUCAGGCGCGGCAGCAGGAGCUGGGUAACCUGCGACAGGAAGUGGUCCGUCUUAAGGAGCGCCUUAAAGAGCAGGGCAAGACCAGCGCUGAGACGGAGGAGCCUGCAGGACCACCUUCACCUGCACAGGAUUUAGCUUCUGAGCUCUUCGUUGGGGGCCUGGAGAUAGAGGAAGGUCCCCUCCAUUUCAUUCCCCGCACCAGGGCCCCAGGAGCUCUGACAGAUGAUGGUGAGGAAGAGAAGGAUGAUGAAGAGGCUGCAUUUUUAUGGGAGGUGCUGUGUGAUGAUGACAUGUCCUCUAAUGAUCCAAAAGACCCGAACCGCCCACGAUUUACCCUGCAAGAGCUGCGUGACGUCCUGCAUGAGCGCAAUGAGCUGAAAGCUAAGGUCUUCAUGCUACAAGAAGAAAUUGCUUAUUACAAAAGUGACGAACAGGAGGAGGAAACAGGCCCACCACUGCCAGACCCCUCUCCUACAUUUCGGCCAAGCUCACGCUCCAACUUUCAGCCCGAGUCAGGGAUAAAACGACUGUUUAGCUUUUUUUCCCGUGACAAAAACCGAGGCUCUCAGGGGAGGAUGCCGCAGAUGGGUGACAGCUUCGGCUCGUGGGCGGGGAAACAGGACGUGUACACAGAACAGGCCCAGGAGGCAUUACAGCACAUGUAACGAACACACACUAACCACUAACCUGCACCAUGUGACCGUAUGCCACGUUUGCGCUCCCUUUCAUGGUCACUUUCACAGCACUACGUCUGCAAGCAGAUGAGACAAGAGCUCACAAAGGGAACAUGGGGGACGGGGCCGUUUAGAGUUACUGAUAGAUUGUGGCCCUCACCUUCGCCCAAAGAUACUGUGAGGGAGUUUUAUGUGCCUAUUUUGUUAGAUAGACAUUUUAUUGCUAUUGCAAACGACUAGUUACUGUAAGUAGAUGACGCGGACAAAUAGAUUUCAGACAUUAUUCUGAUGACGUUUAAAGAGAAGGUGCCUUCAGUAGAUAAGAUACAUAUCUAUUUUUAAUUCAAAUUGAAUUAUGAGUGAGAAGAAUUAUGCACGUGGCUGAAGAAAAAAUUAGGGAUUUUAAUUUUUAGUUGCUACGCCCAGGCCAGAGAUUGUCUGAAAAGGAUGGUGGCAUUAUAUGUUGAAUUAUGUUUUUUUGAAAUUGCACAGUAGCCUGAUUUUUUUUUUUUUUUGGCACACUGAAAUAUUGAGAAUUUAAAGGAAUAUCAAGUAUUCAGAAUUUCAUGUCUAUUGACAUCCUUCAUGACGUGCUGUCGGUUAUC